GAGCCUGUGAUUGGCGGAGCGGGCGGCGCUGAGUUCCGGUAUCGGGCUGCUGGGCGUGGCGGCAGUGACAGGAGAGACAGGCCGGAGAUGCCGCGCUACAGCACCGGAGGGGCCCCCGGGGGCCACAGUUACAGCCAGAAGCCCACCAUGAACGGGGACUGUAAGACGGAGAAUGGGGUGCUGAAGAACGGAUGUGUGAGGAACGGAGUAUGCCCGGAGGACAGGUGUCUCGGCAAUGGAGUCUUGUACAAGAGGCCAUUUAAUGAGGUGUUUGAGGAGACCCCGAUGCUGGUAGCUGUCCUCACAUACAUGGGCUAUGGGAUCCUGACUCUGUUUGGAUACCUGCGGGAUUUUCUCCGGGCCUGCAAGAUUGAGAAGUGUCACCACGCCACCGAGCGGGAAGAGCAGAAGGACUUUGUGCCACUAUACCAAGACUUUGAGAACUUUUACACACGGAAUCUGUACAUGAGGAUCAGGGAUAAUUGGAACAGGCCGGUGUGCAGUGUCCCCGGGGAGCGAGUGGACGUUCUAGAGAGAUUCUCUGAUGAUUACAAUUGGACCUUCAAGUUCACUGGCCGGAUUAUUAAAGGUGUGAUCAACAUGGGUUCCUAUAACUACCUCGGCUUCGCCCGGAAUAGCGGCUUCUUCAAUGACGCCUCAGCAAAUGUUCUGCGUCAGUAUGGCGGAGGGGUGUGCAGCACGCGGCAGGAAAUGGGCAAUCUGGAUAUACAUGAGGAACUUGAAUGUCUGGUCGCACGGUUCCUUGGCGUGGAAGCAGCCAUGAUUUAUGGAAUGGGCUUUGCAACAAAUUCGAUGAACAUCCCAGCACUGGCCGGAAAGGGCUGUCUGAUCCUAAGCGAUGAGUUGAACCAUGCUAGUCUGGUGCUGGGAGCCCGUCUGUCGGGGGCCACUAUUCGCAUCUUCAAGCACAAUAAUAUGCAGAGCCUGGAGAAGUUGUUGAGAGAUGCCAUUGUACAUGGGCAGCCCCGUACGCACAGGCCGUGGAAGAAAAUAAUUAUCCUGGUGGAAGGGAUUUACAGCAUGGAGGGUUCCAUUGUGCGUCUGCCUGAGGUCAUUUCCCUGAAGAAGAAGUACAAGGCAUAUCUGUAUUUGGAUGAGGCUCACAGUAUAGGUGCUUUGGGACCCAAUGGGCGAGGGGUGGUCGACUAUUUUGGUCUGGACUCCCGAGAUGUGGACAUCAUGAUGGGAACCUUCACCAAGAGUUUUGGUGGUGCUGGGGGCUACAUUGGUGGCAGUAAGAUCCUCAUUGAUUACCUGCGCAAGCACUCUCACAGUACCGCCUACGCUACCUCCAUGUCUCCUCCUGUGGCGGAGCAGAUCAUCACUACUAUGAAGUGCAUUAUGGGAGAAGACGGCACUACACUCGGACGGGAGCGCGUGGAGCAGCUGGCCGAGAAUACCCGCUAUUUCAGACGUCGGCUUACAGAGAUGGGAUUCAUCAUAUACGGAAAUAGCGACUCUCCCGUGGUUCCAUUGAUGCUCUACAUGCCGGCAAAGAUUGGGGCCUUCGGGCGAGAGAUGCUGAAGAGGAACAUCGGGGUGGUAGUGGUGGGGUUUCCUGCCACCCCAAUCAUUGAGUCUAGAGCCCGGUUUUGUGUGUCUGCUGCACACACUAAGGAAAUGUUGGACCAGGCGCUGAGUAAGAUCAGUGAGGUCGGAGAUCUGUUACAGCUGAAAUAUUCCCGCCAUCAUUUUGUGCCGCUGCUGGACCGCCCAUUUGAUGAGACGACGUACGAGGAGACUGAAGACUGAUGCCACCCCUGCCCAGAACCGUGGGACAUACCGUGCCAUGAGAGAUCAGCUGGCGCUGUGUUAUACUACCCCCUCUCCUCACCCAAUCCUCAUUUUCAUUGUUGGGAUGGUGGAGAGAAGGUGCUAUUUUUAUAAUGGCAUAUAUAUUAUAUAUAAUGUACAUUAUAUAUAAUAUUAUGUAUAGUUUUUUUUUUUUUCCUUCAUUUUAUGUAUUAUUUAUUCAGGAUGGGACCGGUGAAGACUUUUCCAAAUCUGAGGCCCCCCCUACACUCCUCAAUAGGAUCUGUUCAGACUCCUUUGGUGGAGACCAUGUUUCUGGGCAGCUAGUCACAUAAUUUAUAAGUCUUUUAAAUCUUUUAUAUCAUUGCCCGCUGGUGCCAGAGCAGAAGUCUAUCAUAAAUUGUUUUAUGUCUCCGCCUGGGAACCAUAAAUCUGGCUAGCAGGCGACAAAUGCUGGGGUCUGAUUGGUGCGGCCAGCGGAGGACAAGGUUGGCUGAGGUGCAUUGUAUUUCAUUCCUCAUGUGACUGCGCCAGCUGUAAGCUCUCCGCCACAGGGCUGCAGGUGUUGGGGUCUUUCUUACUCUCUAGAACAUCUGGCGGACAUCAGACGGGCUGGUCCGGUAUUGGUGAAGUCAUGUCCUUAGGUCAAAUACUGGUUUUGUGAUCUACAGACUGAGAAUUUUUGUUCCCCAUCCAUUAUAUUGUUACUAAAUUCCACUGUGCCCCUCUGACUACAACAUAUCACAGGUUCACCAUUAACAAAGCUCUCAUUUCUUCUUAUUUGGUGGAUUUAUUUUCUAUACAAGGACAUAAACGAUGGGACCCAUCGUCCAGAGAUGUCUAACGUCACAUUCCUCCUGUGAAUACUUGCUGGGCCGGGCCCCUGAGUCUGCUACAGGGCCCCCGGCAUCACUCCUGAAAUGGCCUUAAAAUGUGAUUCUUUUUGGUAUGAAGUGUGGAAUAUACUGAGCCGAAAGAAUACAGACUAUCCAGACGCACGAGUCUUAUUCACAGUAUUUGUACAGAUUGCCCGAUAUUUAACUCUCUCAAAUCACAUAUCUGCUUUAUGGUGGGAAGAGGAGGUUGUCUGCUACUAACAAAUAAAAUACAUUUAUUUUCA